GCGGGGGAGGGAAGAGAGAGUGGCGCGCGCAGCGAAAUGGCGGAUGAGGAGAAGCUGCCGCCGGGUUGGGAGAAGCGCAUGAGCCGCAGCUCCGGACGCGUCUACUACUUUAACCACAUCACGAACGCCAGCCAGUGGGAGCGGCCGAGUGGCGACGGCAAGGGGGAGCCUGAAAAGGUGCGCUGUUCCCACCUGCUGGUGAAGCACAACCAGUCGCGUCGCCCGUCUUCAUGGCGAGAGGAGAACAUCACACGCUCCAAGGAGGAGGCGCUGCAGCUCAUACAGCAAUACAUUGAGAAGAUCCGCUCUGGAGAAGAGGAGUUUGAAAGUCUGGCCUCCCGCUUCAGUGACUGCAGCUCUGCACGCAAUGGAGGAGACCUGGGUACCUUUGGCCGAGGUCAGAUGCAGAAACCCUUUGAGGAUGCCUCAUUCGCCCUGAAGGUGGGCGACAUGAGCGGGCCUGUGUUCACAGACUCCGGCGUUCAUGUCAUCUUGCGCACAGGAUGAGGGAGGGCAGCCUGCCUGUGCCCAUCUUCAUACAAGCACACCACACGCUACAGCUGAUCUACAUGAAACACACCAUGAACAUACAUAUAUCUAUACAUACACAGCUUUCUCUAGUGUCUACCAUCCAGAUACCUUCCCCGUUUUGAAAUGGACCCCCAACAUAAUUUCAUAUAUCCGUAGACAAGCUGCCUUUUUCUGAGCCAUCUGCUCUGCCCUCGUACUGCGACUAGCUCUGACCCCUGCUGCAUGUACAAACAAGGCUGGAAUGAGUCAAGACCUACCCGUGGCUUUAUCCCUGAACCUUUUCACCCCUAACAGCCACAUGUGGUGGUGGUGGCAGCGGCGGCGGUCAUGAUAAUAAUGACCAUGGUAAAGACCAGCCAUGCCCUGAUGUCCCACGGUAGGGACUAGGAGUGCACAGGUGUAGUUUCCCGUAUGCCAGAGGAAUAGUGGCAGGUAUGUCACGGGGUCACAUGCCCCAUGGCUGCCUGGGCCCCGAACACUGUCGCACUGACCCACCGAGCACCUGCUGCUGGUCCAUAAUGCCAUCAUCCCGUUAAACUGGCUCCUCAUCAGAGACGAGCUGCUGACGGUGUGUGUGUGGGGGGGCUCACCUACUCCACAUGCACAAGUAAAGCGUUUUUGUGAAUUUAUCAACUAUCUGCAAUUUUUUUUUUUUUUUUUUUUAAACCACGGUGUUGUCGGGAACAUGCUUUUCUUCCUGCUAGCAGUACUUUUUUGGCCUGGGAAAGGGGGCGGUGCACGGACACGUGCGGUAGCCAUGGAAGUGUAAAAUAAAACUGUUGGACCUGUGUGUGUGUGUGUGUGUGUGUGUGUGUGUGUGUGUGUGUGUGUGUGUGUGAUGCGGUGUCCAUCCUUGCAGUGUAACUUGGGCUGUAGAUGCUUUACUGACUUCAGAAUCUUCUGUGUGCUCAGAGUGCUCUUCCUGCGCAAGUUCCUCUGUUAUUGGUUGACCUUUUGCUCUCAUGGCUUAAUUACCCAGAAUGCAUGUGUAGAGGGGGGGUGUUUGCAACAGUGCCAAGCAUCACUUGGAUGUUCAUCACAAUUAAAUAUUUUUUUUUUAA